AAAGCGGCGACGAAAUUGCUUUAAUCCCACCAAUCAGUGGUGGUUAAUUUUAGGUUAUUUAAAAAUUCCAAAAUAAAGUAAAAAAAAAAAUACAGGUAGGUAGGUACUAGAAGUUUAAAAAAUCAAAAUAACAAAGAUGAACUACAUUAAAUUGACGGAAGAGAGCUUAAAUGUGGGAGAAAUUAGCGAUCUAGUAGCAGAUUCGUCAUGUGGUGCUAUAUCCUUAUUCGUGGGAACAACAAGAGAUAAUUUCGAAGAUAAAAAGGUUAUAUCGUUAGAAUAUGAAGCUUAUGACAAAAUGGCAACAAAAGUUAUGAAUGAAAUAUGUGAUAAAAUUCGCACAAAAUUGCCUGAUGUUAAGAACAUUGCUAUCUAUCAUCGUUUAGAAAAUGUUCCGGUAAAAGAGGCCAGUGUUGUGAUAGCUGUUAGUUCACCACAUCGGCAAAGUAGUCUUGAAGGUGUACAAUUCGCAAUUGAUGAAUUAAAAAAAUCUGUUCCUAUAUGGAAAAAAGAGAAAUAUGAUGGCGAGGAGUCCGCUUGGAAAGAAAAUAAAGAAUGUGAAAUAACUUUAAAGCGUAAGAUUCGUAAAAUUAAUUUCAAUAACGAUUGCAAGGUCAUCAUUUCUAAUUUACCAAAACAUUUAAUACAAAUUAAUGCUGAUGAUAAUGAGGUUCAACGAAGAAUCAAAUGUUUUAUUGAUAAGAAACGGCAAGAAAUAGAUAUAAAUAAUAUUCUUGAUUUUACUACCACAAACGAAUUAGCCGGGAAAAGUGAAAAUAUAGAAGAAUCUUGUGCUAGACUAAACGCAGUUCUUAUUAAAUCGAAAAAUUGUAAGGGUCAUUUAAGAGUUCAUCGCGUCAAAAACGAGAUUGGGCCACAAGAUCCUUCAAAUUAUACUAAAACGCUAGACAAAUUGAUGGGUAAUUUAAUCCCUGAAGUAGUAGUUAAGCAAGAAAUUUUCGAUUCAAUAACAACAAAUUAUAAUAACACAACACCUAGUGGAAUUGAAGAACGUAUAAAAAAUGUCGAAAAUUAUUUAAAUACAAGUACAUCUUAUUCAAAAGAUGUUUACGAACGUUUAAAAAUUCUCGAAGAGAAAAUUUUAUAUUUGGAAUCAUUGUCCCCAGAGUAUAGAUAUUUUAUGGUGAAAAAUAAUGAUGCACCUAUGCAAAAUUUAGAAGAUACAGUAAAACAAGAUAAGAAAAAGUUCUCAAUCGAAGAUAUUGAAAAUUAUAUAGAUACUAUUAAAACAAAAAUUAAUUGCAAAAUAAAACAAGAAACAAGCUAA